AUGUUCAACAAGGCCGCCCGUUCCAGCAGGCAGUGGGCUUCGGCCCUGCAGACCGCGCGGCAAUCCUCCCUCCGCCAGCAGACACAGCAGCAGGUCCGCAAUCUGUCCAUCCACGAGUACCGUAGCGCCCAGCUCCUCGAUUCGUACGGCAUCGGYGUGCCCAAGGGAAACGUCGCCUACAAUGCAAAGGAGGCCGAGCAGAUCGCGUCGCAGAUUGGCGGCGAGGACAUGGUCAUCAAGGCGCAGGUGCUGGCUGGAGGGCGUGGAAAGGGCCACUUCGAUAACGGCUUCAAGGGUGGCGUGAGAAUCGUCUACUCUCCACGCGAAGCCUCGAUCCUGGCCGACCAGAUGAUCGGACACAAGCUCAUCACCAAGCAGACGGGGGAGCGCGGCCGGAUCUGCAACAGCGUCUACAUUGUCGAGCGCAAGUUUGCCCGUCGCGAGUUCUACCUGGCCAUCCUCAUGGACCGUGGCAGCCAAUCGCCCGUCAUCGUGGCCUCAUCCCAGGGUGGUAUGGACAUUGAGACGGUCGCCAAGGAGACCCCCGAGGCCAUCAUCACCACAAAGGUCGACAUCCACAAGGGCGUCACCGACGAGAUGGCCACUUCGGUCGCUACCAAGCUCGGCUUCUCCGAGCAGUGCAUCGAGGACGCCGCCAAAACCAUCCAGAAGCUCUACAAAAUCUUCAUGGAGAAGGAUGCGACCCAGAUUGAGAUCAACCCUCUGUCCGAGACUUCAGACCACAAGGUUCUCUGCAUGGAUGCCAAGCUCACCUUUGACGACAACGCCGAGUUCCGUCAAAAGGAAAUCUUCGACUGGCGUGAUGUUACCCAGGAGGACGCCGAUGAGGUCGCAGCCGGCGAGUCCGGCCUGAACUUCAUCAAGCUGGACGGUGAUAUUGGAUGUCUCGUUAACGGUGCUGGUCUUGCCAUGGCUACCAUGGACAUUAUCAAGCUCAACGGAGGCUCACCUGCCAACUUUUUGGACGUCGGUGGUGGUGCGACCCCCGAGGCCAUCAAGCAGGCUUUCGAUCUCAUCACCUCCGACCCCAAGGUCACAGCCAUCUUCGUCAACAUCUUCGGUGGUAUUGUCCGCUGCGACGCCAUCGCAAAGGGCCUCAUUUCCGUUGUAGAGAGCAUGAACUUGAGAAUACCUAUUAUCGCAAGAUUGCAGGGUACCAACGGCGAGCAGGCACACAAGUUGAUCWACGAGUCAGGCUUGAAGAUCUUCAGCAUUGAUGACCUGCAAACAGCUGCCGAGAAGAGCGUGCAAUUCAGCAAAGUUGUAAAGAUUGCUCGCGACAUCGAUGUUGGUGUUGAGUUCACGCUUGGAAUCUAG